UUUUUCAGAAUCAAAAUGCCGCCUAAGGCUCGGCCACCGGUCCUCACUUCCGGUUCGUCAACUUCCGGUUCUUCAAGCUCGUCUUCAUCCAGCUCAUCGUCAGAUUCUGAUUCAUCAUCAGAUUCCGACUCCUCACAAAGAUCUAAAAAGAGCACCGGAAGUAGUUCAGAUGACCGGAAAAAGAAACUUAAGAAAUCCGGCGCAACCACGCGCAGUAGAAGCCAAUCCAGUCAAUCAGGAAAUGAUCAUGGUUCGGACAUGGAUGUUGCAACUAAAAAGAAGACAAUUUCCAAAAAGCAUGCAGGCCCCAAAACUACUGCAACUGCAAAGGUUGUUCCUAAGAAGUCAGCGACCGCUAAACCAGUGUCCAAAGGGAGUUCAUCAAAGGUCAAAAAAGUUGAAUUUGACUCGGAAUCUGAUUUAGACGAUUCCAUGAUAUACUCUGUAUCAAAACUGAGAGAGAAAGAGGAAAAAUCUGAAAAGUCUCGUAAAAAAGAAGAAAAGUUAAAGCAAAAGAAGGAUGACAUCAAGUCGACCAAAUCAUCUCCAUCCAAGCACGCGAAACCAGAGAAAAAAAUGUCUAAAAAAUCGUUGUUUAGCGAGGAAAGUGCAAACCAAUCCAUUGAUACAGAUUCAGAUGUCUCCAUGUCUAGGUUGAAGAGUGAGAAGGUGAAAAGUCCUAAAAAGCUUGACUUGAAGAAAGAAUCUAGUUUCAAGAAGCAGGAAAAGAAAACAGAUCGUAUCCGAACCAGACAUUCAAGCUUAGAGAGCGAGGGGGACAUCAGUAAAAUUAGCCAAGAUAGUGAACACUCGAGUGUAGAAUCCGACACUUCAAACAAACAGACAAAAAAGAAACCUAGCAAACAAUCCCACAGCAGUCCAAAACAGGCGAGUACCAAGGUUGAACGACCUAACACGAGAAAGCAGACAAGAGGAACAGUUGUUAAGAAAUCUGUUCAUGUCACAGGUAAGAAGGAUGAAUCUGAAUCAGAAUCUGAACAAGAUGAUGGAGGAAGGAGCCCAACUAAGCGAUCUUCAAGACCAACUAUUCCAAAGAGUACAAAGCCUCGACCCCAAUAUGAUCCAAUUGAGAAGCGAAGUUGUCCAGUUCCAGGCUGUAAUUCUAAGGGUCAUCUUUCAGGAAAGCUUGAAAGACAUUUUACCCAUGAUAGUUGUCCCACCUACCAUAAUACUACAGAGCUGCUUUGCAGGGAGAAGAUGAAAGAAUAUCAAAAGAAAUGUUCAGCUCGUAAGAAAGCUCUACUAUUAAACGCCUCCAGAUCGCCUCUUCUUUCCCCCAAUGCAGAUCAGAAAAGAUAUUAUGAGCGUGUGAUGGAGGAGCGGAAGGUAAAGGACGAGUGGAUGUCCCAGGACGAGGACGAGGAUGAGGACGUUCCGAUCACGGAGAGAGAACGGCCUCUUGAAGGGCUAACCUCGGAGUUUGACCUCGCACUAUUCCGAGAAGCACAGGCUCAAGCCAGUGAGAAAAUUGAAGAACAGCUGAAGGGGUUACCAGACGUCAAGGGAACCAAGUAUAUAGAGAUGGGACGAUUCCAAAUGGAGGUCUGGUAUCAGAGUCCCUACCCGGACGAAUACACAGUUCUCCCCAAAAUCUACAUUUGUGAAUUCUGUCUGAAGUAUAUGAAGGCUUAUAGUGUGAUGCAACGGCAUUCUGCUAAGUGUGUUUGGAAACAUCCCCCUGGUGAUGAAAUAUAUAGGAAAGACAAAUUAUCAGUUUUUGAGGUAUGCGGGAAGAAGUAUAAGCAAUAUUGCCAAAAUCUCUGCCUUAUUGCUAAAAGUUUCCUGGACCAUAAAACUUUAUAUUACGACGUAGAACCAUUCCUCUUCUAUGUGAUGACAACAGCAGACUCGGAAGGUUGUCAUAUAGUGGGAUACUUUAGUAAGGAGAAGAAUAGUGUGUUAAACUAUAAUGUUUCCUGUAUACUUACUCUACCCCCAUAUCAAAGACAAGGGUUCGGGCGACUUCUGAUAGAUUUCUCAUAUUUGCUGUCAAAGAUGGAGGGUAAGAUUGGAAGUCCUGAAAAACCACUCUCCGACCUAGGUCUCCUCUCUUACAGGGCAUACUGGAAGGAUAUUCUAUUGGAUUAUCUAACCCGGGAUUCCUGGUAUGUAUCUGAGCGUGAGGUCAGCAUAAAAUCCAUCAGUGAAGAAAUGGGUAUACAGAGCUACGACAUCAUCUCUACUCUGCAGUUCCUGGGGAUGAUAAAAUACUGGAGAGGGAAGCAUAUUAUCCUGAAGAAGGAGGACGUUAUCAACGAGUACUUGGAGAGAAUUCGAAGACGACCCCGAGAUAAGGAAAUAAACGGGGCAUUUCUGAAGUGGAAACCGUAUGAACCGACUUCAAAAGAAAAAAGACAGGCGGAGCAAAUCAAAAAGAAGCAAGAGGAGAGACAGAAAGGAAGAUAAAGAAAUAAUUAGUUCGCUUUGCGCCUCCGAUUUUGUGUUUUAACAUCACAAAUUGAGCGUGAUUAAAUAGAUGUACUUGUGUACCUGCUCUUUUACAUGUAGUGUCCCAAUAAGGAUAAUAAUCUUGAUCCCUUUAAUUUUUAUGCGGAUUCGAAUCUUGGAUCCGCAAAAUAUUUCUGUUUGCAAUUUUUGGUUAUU